CUCAGUGACAGCACAUGAAAGCUGAAGAUUGUCAGUUUGGAACGGAGUUUGUUUUCAAAACAAACAAAGGAUUUCAUUUGUUUUCCUUCAAGUGUGCGGGAAUUAGAUAAAAAAAUAUUAUUAUUCCAUUUAUCUCUCUCGUGUGCUAGUUUGCGUCAAUCUAGCGAAAAAGAAACGUUGAUUCAGGAACGACGAGUUGAACGAUUUGAGUGCUGACCAAAGUUCGCUACUUCUGAACCACAUGGUCUAAGCAGACGAAGUCCAUGUUUUACCGAGCCAAAAAGCGAAGCACUGUUUGCGUAAAUGGCAAGUCAAGCUUGGAGCGAUGGGCUAAUUCAUGCAAUAAACAACAAAGGAAAGCAGUUGUUUGUUUCCGAUUUGGCCGUAGUCAUUAAGGAUAUAUAUCCAAAGGCGCUGCACCACUUCUUGGUACUUCCCUGGAAGGACAUCGAUUCUGUUUAUGAUCUUUCGCCGGUAGACGAUGCAUUGCUGCAGGAGAUGUACGAUCUUGGGCUAAAAGCAGUCGGCACAAGCGGAUUAACAGCCGAUCAGUUUGAUUACGGUUAUCAUAUGAAACCUUCCAUGAGACGCUUACAUUUGCAUGUCAUUUCGAAGGAUUACCAUUCGCGCUGUCUUUCCCACCGGUACCACUGGAAUGCAUUUAAUACGGAAUUUUUAAUCAAGCACGAAACUGUGGUAGAAAAACUGCGCGAACAGGGAAGUGUUGAGCGCCCUUCCUUGCAUUACAUUAUGCAGCUGCUCGAGACACCGUUGCGUUGCAACCAAUGCACGUUCACGCCGAAAACCUUUGCCGAACUUAAACUACACCUUAAACAACACGUGGAAUCUGAGAUCGACAGCGCUGCUGCCAGCUGAGAACGAUAAUGGAUACAGGCCCCAAACUUCUCAAACGCUGAUUUGAUGUUAGGCAUUCCGGUUCAGCUUUUCUGCAGAAUUCCCUUCGAGACCGGUACAUGAUUCUUGCUAGACUGAUUCGAGUGCUGGUGAGCGACUCAGGGUGGACAAUUACUGUGCAAUCGUUAUCUAAAAACUGAUAAUGGGUUUAUUCAUAAAGGGUUUGGGUCAUUUGGCCUCCUUGACUUCGAGAGAUCUGAAUUUCUUCGUCUAUCAGAGGAACAGUUCAACAGGUGCUUGACAAACUGGGCACGAGGAACAUCAGCACGAGGAACAAAGCUCGUGCUUAUUCUAGUAGAUAAAGACACGCAAGUAAACAGCGUAAAAUUUAUUUCCAGCAGACGAUUUUUCCGGAACACAUGAGGUGGGAAAGUUCAAAUUCAAUCCAAACUAAUGCAUAACAUGCAAUAAAAUCGCUAGUCACAUAUGCAUUAGCAAUAUUACUUUGAAAUGAA